CUCAUACUACUGUGGCCGGUGAUACACGCGCAACAGCGCUUUACUGGCCUAUGGCUGACCAAAUAAGACGUAGCUGACUUUUAGAUCCCGUUUUGUAUUAUAUGAGCUCAUUCUUGACACCGCAUCAUUAGCUAAAGCUAUUGGCUUACACGGCCUAGACGGCACAGCUCCCUGCAACUUUUGGCCUGAGGACACAAAAUCCUCCUCCUACCUGACUACGACCCUUAAGCCUCAACCCACUUACACCAUGGCUUCCUCCGGUAGUGUCUUCUCCGAGACUCUUCAAGAGAUCACCAACACCAAACUACAGGAGCUUUCAAAGAGACGAUCUCGCUUUGAAGAAGCCAAGGCGGCAAUUCUUUCUUCUGUUGAAGCAGAGAAGGAUGCUGUUAAGCGUCUCGUCAUCUUGAGCGAUGGUGUCAAAAAGUGCUUCUCUAUUAAGCUCACCAAGGAGAAUAGAGUCAUCUUAGGUCGCACUAGUCACAAGCGCCUCGAGAUCGACCUCAAGAACCUCGACCGCUUUCUUGGCCAGGCCAAGACAGAUCCAUCAGUGUCGCAGAAGAUGUUGGCUGCCUGGGAGGAGUCACUCACUCGUCAGCUUGAUAUGCAAGCCCUUCAGUAUCAGUAUGCCUGGCUCUAUGGUGAGCUUGUAACCGAAUGGCUGUCCGGCGACAAGGAGAAAGAUCCAGAGGCAGAUGUUGAGAUGGGCGAGGCGUUCGAGGACGUUGGUGACCAGGCCAAGCUUCAGUCCAGGAUGGACUGGGAGGACACCGUCUUCCAAGCCGCCGAUAUUGAUACCAAGGCCCUCAACAGUUACCUCGACCAUCUUUUCCGCUCUAAUAACAAGGACAAGAAGACCAUGGCUAAUAGUCUUAAGAUUCUUCGACGAUCUGUCUCUGACCACGAAGCAUCUAUCUCAACACCCAAUCAGUUCACUGUUGGCUCCCUCAAGUGGAUCAUUCCCGGUCUUCACUCAUCAGAUCUCCUCUCCAAUGAGAAACGAGAAGUGCUCAAGGACUUUGAAAGUAAUGAUAUGAUCCUGAAGGAGAUCGCAGACGUCCUUAACAUGCGCAUCAAUGCUCUCGAAUCAUGGACGUGGAACUCUGAGACUCCUGUCCCCGUAUCGAUGGAGAAGAAGAUUAGUGGAGUCUUCAACAUCCAUAUGCAUGAAGAUCUUCUCCAAGCGAUCUUCCUACAGUACAUUGGUGUCAAGUGGAGUGUUUUCUUCAAAAGAGCCUUCAAAGGCUUCCGUGAUUCCGGAGCCUGGAAGUCGGAGAGACAAGAUAUUCCUCGAAACGAUCAACGAAGACUUGGCUACUACCUCGGCCCACUUUCAGACUCGCCCUGCUUGCAGCGCGAACGUGUCAAGGUCAAUGAGGAGAGAUACUUCAUGGCUCAACUCAUGGACUAUGAGCACGAAAUCACGGGCACUGCCGAUGGUGAGGAGGAGGCCGAGUACGAACGUUUCGCCGCUGACAGUAAGAAGCGGAAGCUUGCAGUUCAGGCACCAAUGCAAGCACCGCGUAGACAGCUUGCCAGCAAAGCAGCGCGAAAGUCGGCACCAAUGGGUAGAGGCCUGGGAACCGGCGGUGCGAUGAGACACCGUAAAAUCGCUACAAACAACUUUGAUAUGGAGUUUGCUGCUGAGAUUGAUUACUCUGACGAAGAGGAAGAAGAUGAUGAUGAUGAAGACGACAAGUCUCGUAGCCCGAUGGCACUCAAGCAGACCUUGCUUCAUCUGUUGUCUACAGAGACCACCAUCAACACUCAUCUCUAUGGUGAGAUGACGGCAUUCCACUCUGUUUUUGACGACUGGAACCCUAAGCUUCCUCAUGACACCGUGUUUACGAUCCUUAAAUUUCUUGGUGUCUCCGAUAUGUGGCUUGGGUUCUUCAAGAAGUUCCUUGAGGCACCUCUCAAGUUUGUCGACGAUGACGACUCGUCGGCGCGCAAGAGGCGUCGUGGUACACCAGCAGCCCAUGUGUUGAGUGACGUGUUCGGCGAGACAACCUUAUUUUGCCUUGACUUUGCGGUCAACCAGGCUACCUCGAACAACUUGUGGAGGAUGCAUGAUAACUUUUGGUUCUGGUCGCCUGACCACAAGGUCGCUGUGAAGGCUUGGGACACUGUUGAUGAGUUUACCAUUGUCACCGGCGUCAGUGUCAACCCUACCAAGACAGGCACGGUCCGCAUCACGAAGGAUAGUAAUGUGACUCUCCCCAUUGACGAUUCCCUCCCUGAAGGUGAGAUUCGCUGGGGCUUCCUUCGCUUGUCACCCAAGACGGGCCGGUUUGAGAUUGAUCAGAAAAUGGUCGACUCUCACAUCGACGAACUUCAAAAACAGCUACUUGACAAGCGCAAGAGCAUUCUUGGCUUCAUACAAGCAUGGAAUACAUACGCUGCGACCUUCUUUACGUCUAAUUUCGGUAAAGCAGCCAACUGCUUUGGUCGUGAGCACGUUGACAACAUGCUGUCGACUCACAAAAAGAUUGAGAAGCAGGUUUUCGCCAAGCUCUCAGCUGGUCAAGUCACGAGCGUGGUUGAGUUCCUGAAACGAGAAAUCAGUCAGAGAUUUGGUAUCAAGGAUAUUCCCGAUGGCUAUCUGUAUUUCCCCAUGGAACUUGGUGGUCUUGACCUACAGUCCCCAUUCAUCUCUCUCAUGCAGAUUCAUGAUGAAGUCUUCAAGAACCCAUCUCAGCCUAUGAUCGACUUCCAAGAAGAUGAGCGUCACGCAUACGAAGGUUACAAAGAAACAUUCCUGAGUGGCAAAACCAGACAUGAACGAUACGCCCUUGACGAACCAGACUGGGAACCUGAAUCUCAACACGAGAAAGAUACGUUCAUGUCUUUCGAGGAAUUCAUCCGCUACCGCGAAGCAUUUUUCUUCGGUCACUUCACAGCUACCAACAGACUGCACCGCAUCUUCCGCACGCUGAUGAAGAGACCUACUGAAAGCAAGGUUGAGACCGAUGACGGAAAGAUAUCCGCUGCGAUGGAGCAGUUGCGCGGGGAGUCGAAUCUACAGGGUAUUACUGGGUGGUGGAAUAACAUGGAUGCGUAUUGGACUUGGGUUGCUACGUUUUACGGACAUGAGAUUGUUGAGAGGUUUGGGAGGUUGAAUAUUGUGAAUACGGAGUUAUUGCCUAUUGCUAUGGUUAGUUUGUUUAGGGAUAAGCGUGUUAAGUGGCAGGGUUAGUUUGGAUUAAGCUUUGAAGGAUGCAUUCGAUACUGUUUAUUUAAGAUAUAAUGAAUAACAGGGAUUAAGUUGAUGGUCGCGGGAAUGGAAUGUUCACCAGAAUUCAAUCUCAA